CGGUUAUUCUUGGUAGUUUAGAAAAAACACACGUAUAAAUAUCACGAGAACUACUAAAGAAACAGAACCAAAACACAAAAGAAACUAAAAGAUGGAAAGUUCGUCAAGUGAAGAAGAAGAAGAAGAAGAAAUGCAACAAGAAAAUGGCGGUGGUGAUGACCACGAUGAGAUAAAUUACAUACAGUUAUUAAUUGGCAACGAAGUCAACAAUGCUCGACUAAAUGAUCAACAAGCUGCAGAUAUUAUGAAUGACAUUUGGAUUCAAGAAAUUCGCCGUCAUGCAAUCCAUUACAUUCUCAGAAUCACAGGGCCACAAUUCGGGUUUCAUGUACAAACACUUUACACAGCAGUGACAUAUGUGGACAGAUUUCUUCUCGAGCGAAUAGUAGAAGUUGGACAGUACAGGAUGGUGAGAUUAAUAUCAGUGGCAUGUUUAUCAUUAGCUGCAAAAAUGGAUGAAAGUAGAGAAAAUGUGCCACCAUUAUCACAUUAUCCAGUAGGAACUUUCGGCAUUAAUGUGGAUCAUAUAAGGAAAAUGGAGUUGAUGAUUCUUGGUGAUUUUCGUUGGGAUAUGCGAUAUGUUACUCCUUUUAAUUUCAUACGAUUUUUCCUAUCAAGAUUUGCUAGAGAUGUUCCAAGCAAAUACUUAACAAGAAUGAGAAUUUAUGAAAUCGUCUUGAGUGUUCUUCAAGGUGGGAGGUUAAUGAAUCAUAGACCAUCUGUAAUAGCAGCAGCUGCAACAUUGUUAGCAGUAAACGGAAAUUUGACUAUAGAACAAGUGGGGAUUCAGAUAAAUGCCUUGCCUUUAAAUGGACUUCUUCAAAUUAAUAAUGUGUGGUACUGCUACAAUAGACUGCGACAGCUGAACGAGCACGUAUGAGGAUGAUGACAAACAACCACAGCAGAAGAAACAUUACUGUUGUAAAGAUUUUUUGGCAUGAAUUUUCUCAGUAUUCAGAUGUGAUUAGCCUUUUUUUCUGUUGAAUAUAUUGGAUAUAGGCAAAUAGAUUUUUUGCUGAAAUCUCAACAGCAGGAUAAAUGGGUAUCAUAGCUGUUAAAUGAAGAGUUAAUAGGGGUUUCAUUGAUUCUACUACGUAUGUUGGACUGAUUGAUUGUUAAUAUUAGUACUAAUAUUUUAGGACGUAUGUGCUUCUUCUCUCUGUUCAUAUUUUAGGACAUUUGGUUUGAAUGUCUUGAAGUUAUCCAUUGUGUAAAUGUUUAUAAAAGGGCGCAGAUAAAGAAAACUCUUUUUUAUUAUUGUAUAAAUGACUCCUAAAUUGCUAUUCUACUAGUUAUUGUAGAUCAUGUAUUAUAUCACUGAGUCACAGCAUAAACAAUAUGUACAUCACAAUUCAUACCUUGCUCGUUGGAGAAUCACACUACACAAUUGUCACUCUUUCUUUGAAUGUGAAGUUCACAACAGUUGAUUGAUCGACUGG